AUGGCCGCGUGGAGCGAGCGGCUGGCCGGCGUGCGCGGGGUGCUGCUGGACAUCUCUGGCGUGUUAUACGACGGUGGUGAGGGCGGUGGCGCGGCGAUCGCCGGUUCCGUGGAGGCGGUAGCGAGACUGAAGCGGUCCCGACUAAAGGUCAGGUUCUGCACCAACGAGUCACAGAAGUCGCGGGCGGACCUGGUGGGGCUGCUGCGACGGCUGGGCUUCGACGUCUCCGAGGGCGAGGUGACCGCCCCGGCCCCCGCCGCCUGCCUGAUCCUGAAACAGCGAGGCCUGCGGCCACACCUGCUCGUCCAUGACGGAGUCCAUUCGGAAUUUGAUCAGAUCGACACAUCCAACCCAAACUGUGUCGUAAUUGCAGACGCUGGAGAAGGCUUUUCUUAUCGAAACAUGAAUAAAGCUUUCCAGGUGCUCAUGGAGCUGGAAAACCCCGUGCUUUUCUCACUGGGAAAAGGACGCUACUACAAGGAGACCUCUGGCCUGAUGCUGGACGUCGGUCCCUACAUGAAGGCGCUUGAGUAUGCCUGUGGUAUUGAAGCCGAGGUGGUGGGAAAGCCUUCCCCCGAGUUUUUCAAGUCCGCCCUGCAAGAGAUGGGCGUGGAAGCCCAUGAGGCCAUCAUGAUCGGGGACGACAUCGUGGGCGACGUGGGCGGUGCCCAGCGGUACGGGAUGAGAGCUCUGCAGGUGCGGACCGGGAAGUUCAGGCCCAGCGACGAGCACCAUCCGGAAGUCAAGGCUGAUGGAUAUGUGGACAACCUUGCGGAGGCCGUGGACCUGCUGCUGCAGCACGCGGACAAGUGA